AUGAGGGCCCCUGGGGACUGCGGCGUUUUCCGGGGUUCACGGAGCUCCGCACUCUUGUCUGUCCUGGGCAGCGGCUCUUCCUUAUGCAGCGGCCAGGGCGCCCGCCCAGUCAGGGCGCCCCCGGAGCCUUCCGGCUCCCGCUCGGGCUCCGGCUCCGGCUCCCGCUCCGGCUCCCGCUCCGGCUCCGGCUCCGGCUCCGGCUCCGGCUCCGGCCUCCCGCGGAACGUGCUCAGCGAGAGGGAGCGCAGGAAGCGGAUCUCCGUGAGCUGCGAGCGCCUUCGGGCCCUGCUGCCCCGGUUUGAUGGCCGGCGGGAGGACAUGGCCUCGGUCCUGGAGAUGGCGGUGCAGUUCCUGCGGCUUGCUGGCACCCUGGUGCCCAGCCAGGAGCCGCAUGCUCUGCCCGUGGGCGGCCUGCACCGGCCACGGGCUCCUCCCAGCUGUGUGACCGCGGGCGCAGGCGAGGGCGAGGCCCCGUCGGGGGUGGCCGAGGUGCUGGAGGGGCCGCCAGCCCUCCCUGAGCCCUGCAGCCUGCUGUCCCAGCCCCCAGGCCCAAGUCCCUCCAAGGCGCUGAGGCUGCCCCCACCCUGGCCUCCCCGCUUGUGGCAGCCACCCUCCCCCCUGGUGAGCGAAGAGGCUCAGAGCUGCCUGGGCCAGGCUGGGCCCCCAGUGGAGGGGGCCGACCCUGUCGUGACACUGGACGCCAGGCCCGUGCUGGGAUGUGACGUGGAAGACGGGACGUCCUACUUGCUGAAUGCUGGUCCCGACUGGUGGCUGGGUACCCAGGCUGAUGAGUCCCAUCUGCUUCCAGGGUCUCUGGAGGGCAGAGGUGCCAGUGCCCCUUCUCGGAGCACAGCCAGGAGCAGCCUGCUGGACAGGGCAGAGCCAGGCUUCCUGACAGACCCCGAGCCUGGCUCCCAGGAGCUCCCGGAUGGCCCCCUGGAGCCAUGGGGCUUGGAUGCGGGCUGCCCCAGCCUGGCCCUGCGGGAGGAGGUGGACAGUAUCUUCCCCGACUUCUUCCCCUGCUAG